GGUUCCGACAUUUUGUUACCGAAAGCGUAAUCCAAUGGAUCACCAUUGACUGUGGUGAUAUCAUGGUGGUUAAUCACGGUUAUUAGUGUUAUUGAAUUCGAUUUUUGGCACAGGCAAUUUAAUUGACACUAAGCCAGUACCUGCAUGGAAUAAGAGGUUACAAAUACUAAAUAUAUUGGCAAUCAGGACCAGGGAAUUAAAUGAAAAUGUACAUUCGUAUUCAUAAGGACAUGUUUGAUUUGGCUAUCAAUGAACAGAAUGAAACAUCUGCCUAAAAGUAAGGAGAAAACACAACGGAACGUUACCCAUCGAAAACAGCCAAAUGUUUUCAAUUGUAUUUAUACUUCAAAUACUUAUAAUACAUGUACUAGUAGUAGGAUGUGCGAGGAUUACCGAGUCUCGAGUUCAAGUCCUACCUGCAUUAAUUACAUUACUGGAACCAAAAGGAGUACGUUUUCUCGUUGAAGAUCCCGCACCGGGAACAUCUUUAAUAGAAUUCCACUACAGCAUUAACACGCCCCUUCUGGAUGUCGACGCUGGUAGAUGGAAUUAUGAUGUCAGGGCAAAGACUGGUAUGAAAAGCGCUUAUCAACACAUUAUUGCAGUAUCUAUAAAAUAUUCAGUGUCACGCGAUGUUUGGGUGCAUGAGAAUCGCAACGUGUUGCUAAACCCCGGGGAUAUCGUGUACUACUGGUUGAAUGCUUUAGUCGAUGACCUGGCCUAUCGAUUACUCGAACAGAGAUACAUAAUUCCUGGUGAUGGUCGUCCUGUGCAACAGAACCAAAGUCCGUGUGACGAUAAUCUUCGACUUAUGCUGGAUGAAAAGUUCUCUACUUUCGAUCUGAACACAUGGCAACAUGAAGUAACAGCGAAUGGAGGAGGGAACCGGGAAUUCCAAGUUUACACCCCUGAGCAAGGGAACGUCUAUGUGAGGGACAAAACAUUGUUUAUAAAGCCUACAUUGACAUCUGACAGAUUUGAUGAGGACUUUGUAAAAUACGGGACAAUGGAUGUAGCCAGCAUUUGGGGAAGAUGUACAUCCAACUAUUCCAACGGUUGUCUCAAACAGGGAGACGGGAGAAACAUUGUCAGCCCUAUUAUGUCAGGGAAGAUAAGGACAAAGCUGUCCUUCAGAUAUGGACGAAUUGAGGUUGUUUCGAAGAUGCCACGAGGCGAUUGGAUCUGGCCCGCCAUCUGGAUGAUGCCUCAAAAAAACGAAUAUGGCCACUGGCCUCGUUCUGGAGAAAUCGACAUUUGUGAGAGUCGAGGCAAUGUAGACUAUGGUGGUAUAGGUGUUCAUACAGUUGGGUCUACUCUUCAUUGGGGUACAGAUUAUCAUUCAGAUCGAAUGAGGAUGACACAUGGCCACAAGAAACUCCAGGGACUAAGCUUUGGUGAAAAGUUUGUGAAAUAUACACUUGAUUGGGACGCAUUGGGCAUCAGGGUUUAUUACGACGGUGAACUUGUACUGAAUGCUUCUACCCCCAAGAAUGGUUACUACAGAUAUGGCUACUUGCCCUUCAAUCCAUGGGAAAACAGUGCCAAUGACGCUCCAUUCGAUAAAGAGUUUUACUUAAUCUUAAAUGUAGCUGUUGGCGGGAAUAAUUAUUUUCCCGAUGGGGUACCAAAUAGCCGAAAGCCAUGGGAAAAUAAGUCCAGAUUUGCCCCCGGUGACUUUUGGAAGAAAAAGAAUGAUUGGUACGCAACGUGGAAGGGCGAAGAUGCCGCUAUGCAAAUAAAAUCUGUUAAAAUAUGGAAAAGGGUCGAUUGACCAAUCCUAUAUAUUAGUAAAUAGAUCUAAUACAUAGAAAUCUGUAUUUUGUUACCUUAUUUCAAUG